UCUUAGAAAGAGGAUGUUUGCAAGAUUUCUAAAGGAUACCAGCCACGAACACAAACAGAAUGCCAUAGAUAAGACAAAAAAAGGGGAGCAGCGUGUUGCAACGGAAAAGGAGAAUGACUCACAUACUAGUCCGUUUUCUGAGUCAAGCACUUCGAAGAUUUCUCAAGGUAGCGGUGACGAGACCUUAUCGAAGAGGAAGAUAGAUUUGUAUCGAGCAGUAAUUAGAAAAAUUUUUACUCCUCUUGAAAAUCAUGAAGACUUGCGCCUUGCAGUUUCAGCCCCCAUUAGCUCUCCUUCACAGGUAUCUCACAAAGUUCAUGUGGAAUAUGAUCCAAAUUCCUCAACCGGGUUUGCUGGGUUGCCUCCUCAUUGGGAACAGCUUCUUUUGAACGCUGGAAUCGGUACCCAAGAAGUCGAACAAUAUCCCCAAGAGACUGCAGACGUCCUUCGGUUUCAUAAUAAACCCCAUUUACCUCCUAUUGCAACAGACGAUAUCUUAGCAGCUUCUGAUGAUCAGUGUAAUGACUUUGACAUGUCUCCAGUUUGUUCCAUUAUUUUGCAACAAGAUCCUUACAUGUUCUACAAAGAUCUUAAGAAAAUUGGAGAAGGUGCUUCAGGUUCUGUGUACAAAGCAACCUCUUUGGAUUGCCCUCAACAUAGGGUUGCCAUGAAGAAGGUGAAACUAACUUCCCAAACAGUACAUGAAGCAAUGGAAACCGAAAUCAACAUGAUGCGCAGCAUUCAACAUGAAAAUGUAGUUCGAUUUUAUGAAGCUUAUGAAUGGGAAGAAUACUUAUGGCUUGUGAUGGAAUUAUUGGAAGGAGGAUCACUUACAGAUAUAAUUUACUUUCUCAUGGAGCACAAAUGUUAUUUGGAGGAAAAACAGAUAGCUUUCAUUUGCCAAGAAGUUUUGAAAGGUCUUGAAGGCAUACAUGCUCUCCGUCGAAUUCAUAGAGAUGUGAAAAGCGAUAAUGUUCUCACUGACUUUAAUGGACACAUGAAACUUGCUGAUUUUGGAUAUUGUGCUCAAAUUUCUAAUGAGAAGCUUAAAAGAACGACUGUUGUUGGAACUCCCUAUUGGAUGGCACCAGAGUUAAUUCGUGGAAAGCCUUAUGACUUCAAGGUUGAUGUAUGGAGUUUGGGCAUUUUGGCACUGGAGUGUGCAGAAGGUGAACCGCCUCUCUUACAUGAGACUCCUCUAAGAGCCAUGUUUCUUAUUACUACUCGAGGGCCACCAGGAUUGAAAAAUCCAGAGAAUUGGUCUUGUUUAUUUAGAGACUUUCUACAAAAAUGCUUAAUUAUCGAUCCUUCCAAAAGAGCAUCUAUUAAGGAAUUAUUACUCCAUCCAUUCUUAAAAACUGCCUGUAAUCGCAAAGAAAUGGCAAAAUUGAUACGAUUGUGUAGAAAGGUUCCAGAACACGUUCCAUUUAUGUAGAAACCAUAGAAUAAUUUGUCUGACAAUUGUGUUACUGUGAAUAAAAUAUUACA